AUGCCUAAGAAGGGCGGCAAGAAGAAGAACAAGGGCGGCGCAAAGCCCGCAGCUGCAGCCGCAGUCGACAAGGUUGCUGACACCGCGAAGAACGUCGUUAACCCCGAGGAGAAGUUCGAGGAGCCCGUUGAGACCGUCGAGAAGACCGAGACCCCCGCUGCCGAAUCGCAGAUUGCCGAGACCGAAGCUGCGCCCGCGGUGACCGAACCCCAGGAGGUUGCCGAGGAGCCAACGAAGGUCGAGGAACCCGUGAAGGAGGCAGAGAAGGUCGUCGAGAAGCCCGCUGAGGUGCCCGUUGUGGGAGAGAAGAAGACCGAAGACACACUCGAGGCGGCCGUCGACAAGGCGCAGGCCUCCAAGGCUGGCCAGGUUAGCAGCCUGGAUGCCGGCGAGGAGGACGCCAAGGCGGUUCUGCCUGAGACCACCACCAAGGAGUCUGCCCUGUACCCCUCGACCAGCGAGACGGCCGCCGAGGAGUCUGCCACCUCGACCGCCGCCACCACUGGUGCUGUCGCGCCGUCGACCUCGAUCCCUGAGCGACCCAAGACCGACGAAUCGACUGCCGCUGCUGCCACCCCGUCCGAGACUGCCGAUGGCGCCCACGUCAAGCGGCCCUAUGAGAAGCCCAUCUUCUCCAAUGACGAGGUGAAGCCGCCCAAGAUGGCCAAGACCGCGGAAGAGGAGGAGCAGAAGAAGGCCGCGGCUAGUGCCACUGCCGACAAGAAGGACCUGACCGGUGCCGGUCCGGCCUCGACCGCCGCGUACACCGCGCCGGAGCCCGUGCCCGUGCCCAGCAAGGCCGAGGAGAAGGCUGCGACCGCCGAGUCGGCCGUCUCGCCCAAGAGCACCACUGCUGCCUCGUCUUCCGACAACAAGGCCUCGCCGGACGCCGUGGCCGCGGCCGCGGCCGCCGUCAGCUCCUCCAAGGCCAACAAGGCGGCCCCCGAGGCCCAGCUCCAGAAGCCCGAGCCCGCGGCUAAGGCUGAGCCCAAGAAGGAGGCUGCCCAGGAGCCUGCGGUGCAGGAGCCCGUUCAGAGCACCGAAGAGACCAAGGCGUCCGAGCCGACCGCGGAGCCGCAGGCCGAGAAGAAGAAGGGUGGGUUCUUUGCGCGGUUGAAGCGGAUGUUCAAGUAA